UCCUCCAAGACCAACUGACCAAUCGAGUGGCUGUAUUUGUUCCACACUUCCGCUAAUGUAGCCAGCUUACUAGCUAGCAAGGUUAAAAGCUAAAAUACACAGGCUCGUCCGGACAUUCUUGUGAAUAUUUUACAGAGUUUGAUGAGAGAGACACACCACUGUGCCUAUAGGAGAGACGGCAUUUGUCCCUGGUUGUUGAAUAACUCUCGGUGGUUUGCUAGCCGAAAGGCUAACGUUGAAAAGACACCGCGGGAGGAGACAGUGGUUGCUAGGUUAACGUUAGUUAGAUUUUUCACAAAUUCGACGACAGUGAAUUCACCUAAAGCUGUUUAGCAAUGUCGAGAGUAAACCAGACAUGAAGCUGUCAGUCUUACUUCAAAGGACAAGAUGAUGCGAGGAUCCAGAAGAGGCUGUGUGCGACUCAGGCUUGUCAGUGUUGAGUAACAUCCACUAGAUGGCAGCGGUCACCCUACUACAGUGCCUAUACCACAUGUUGUUAGCUGGAGAGGCAGGAAGGAUUCCUAUUGCAGAGGGGUUUUGGGAAAAAAAAAGAAUACAGGGUAUUGUAUUUUUCUUGAGAGGAGCUUACUGAGCGCCGGAUUUAAAAGAGGAGAUUCAGCUGAGUGAAAUCUCAUCAUGGUGCCUCUUUUGGACCUUUACUUGACAUUUUUGCCUGUCCUCAAGUUUUUGUAAAAGGCAAAGUAUACCCAGGCUUUUAAUCCUCAUCCAUAUUCCCAACUUUAUACACCUUUAACUCGAGGACCCAUGACAGCCCUCACACACCAGAACCUGUGCCUGCUCAGUCAGCCACAUAGCAUCUCUCAUGGGGAGUCAAGGGCAUUGAUGAGCACCCUGAAAAACCCUAGAUGUGAAGAGAGGAAGUGUCUCCUGAAACUACAUGAAAAGAGGAUCCAGUGUUGUUUACAGACACACAGUGAAAGGUCAGAGGUUUCAGUUGAAGCCAGGUGAAGAGGGAGCUGUGAUCGGCAUCGAUGACGAGGACGACAGCACGUUCACCAUCACUGUGGACCAGAAGACUUUCCAUUUCCAAGCCCGAGAUGCAGACGAGCGGGAGAAGUGGAUUCACGCCCUAGAGGGAACUAUCCUCCGUCACACCCUCCAACUCCGGGAGGCCGAGACAGGAUUCGUUCCGAGUGUUCAAGACUUUGAUAAGAAACUUGCUGAAGCUGACGCCUACCUACAGAUUCUGAUUGACCAGUUAAAGCUGUUUGAUGAGAAGAUCAAGGACUGCAAAGAGGAUGAAUCACGCAGAAAAGUUGAAAAUUUGAAAGAGACUACUUGUAGCAUGGUAGAGUCCAUCAAGCACUGUAUUGUACUGCUGCAAAUCGCCAAGGACCAAAGUAACGAACAGCAACACGCAAACGGACUUAUAAGCACCAUCAACCCAGUGGAUGGGAUCUACCAGCCCCCUCUGGCUACCCCUGUAGACAACACCACGAUGCCAACACAGACCACACUACCCACAGACGCUUCUCAGGUGUGUAAAUCAGACCAACGACCCUCCACGUUACCCGUUGGUCCCGUCGUCACAGUGAUGGGCAGUCUGCAGACCCCAACUCCCAACAGCACAGGGAGUGGCCCCUCAGGCCCCAGCAGCGGCGUCGCCUCCCCAGCUCACAUCCCCAUCCCCUCGCACUCUGUGCCAGACUUCUCCUAUUCCUCCAGCGAGGAUGAGUUCUACGACGCUGAUGAGUUUUACCAGAGCAGCACUUCCCCCAAACACUGCAUAGAUCCCUCAGGGCCUCCAGCUGCCUCGUCCCUUACUAAUGAAGGAACGGCUAUGAAACGACCAGACACCACAGAGUCCCUCAACUCAUCCAUGUCCAACGGCACCACAGAUGCAGAUCCGUUUGACAGCCACGAUGACCGUGAUGAUGACCCCGAGGGCGAGUCUGUGGAGGAGCACAAGAGCGUCAUCAUGCACCUUCUCUCUCAAGUUCGUUUGGGCAUGGACCUCACAAAGGUGGUCCUGCCUACCUUCAUCUUAGAAAGGAGAUCUUUGUUAGAAAUGUACGCGGACUUCUUUGCACAUCCAGACCUGUUUGUAAGUAUCGCUGAGCAGCCGGAGCCCCGGGAGCGCAUGGUGAAUGUGGUAAAGUGGUACCUGUCAGCUUUCCAUGCAGGGAGGAAAGGUUCAGUGGCCAAGAAACCUUACAACCCCAUCCUGGGAGAAGUCUUCUACUGCCACUGGGAUCUGCCUUGUGAAACAGAAGAGCCUCCCCCGCACACGGAGACGGUAUCAGACGGCCCAGUUCCCUGGUCCUCAGCCAACAGUGUGCGUUUUGUGGCAGAGCAGGUCUCUCACCACCCACCCAUUUCUGCAUUCUACGCAGAGUGUUUAAGUAAGAAAAUCCAGUUCAACGCUCAUAUCUGGACUAAGUCCAAGUUCUUAGGCAUGUCCAUUGGUGUCCACAAUAUUGGCCAAGGUUGUGUGUCGUGUUUGGAGCACGAUGAACAUUACAUCCUCACCUUCCCCAACGGAUAUGGCAGGUCGAUUCUGACUGUGCCGUGGGUGGAGCUGGGCGGGGAGUGCAACAUCUCCUGCUCCAAGUCGGGCUACAGCGCUAACAUUGUGUUCCACACCAAACCCUUCUACGGAGGGAAAAAGCACAGGAUCACAGCCGAGAUUUUUCCACCUAAUGACAAGAAGUCUUUCUGCUCCAUUGAAGGAGAGUGGAACGGAGUGAUGUAUGCCAAGUGGGCAACUGGAGAGAACACAGUGUUCAUUGACACUAAGCGGUUGGGCAUCAUUAAGAAGAAAGUAAGAAAGCUGGAAGACCAGCUGGACUAUGAGUCCCGGAGAUUGUGGAGAGACGUGACGUUGAACCUGAAGCUGAAAGACAUCGAUUCAGCAACAGAAGCCAAACACCGGCUGGAGGAGAAACAGAGGGCCGAAGCCAGGGAGAGGAAGGAGAACGAGCAGCAGUGGGAGACCAGGCUAUUCCACGAGGACGGGGAGUGCUGGGUCUACGACGAGCCUCUAUUAAAGAGAUUAGCCUCUCAGAGGCACUGAGAAGACUGCGUGCACUCUGAUACACACACACAUAUGCAUAAAUAAAUGCACACACAACAGAGUCUUCAUAAGAACUCUUUUGCAAAACCACUUCUUUUCCAGGCCUUGGAAUGACUGAUGAUUGAAUAUGUACACAGCUUUGCAUUUGACUGUAAAAUAACAAUAUGGAAGUUAAUGAAAUCGAAUGGAAAAGCAAGAUGUAACAUGAAAAUUAGUAAAGGUCCUCUCCCUGUUUGGGCAAUCUCACUUCCACGUCCACUGACACCCGCCAACAUGAGACUCGGCAGCGCAGAGUGGAGACGGGGAGGGUUCGACGUCCUCCAACUCUGUCCGUCUGCUUCACGACCACACCCUACAUCAGCUCCACAGGACGAGCCAGAGCAGUUUCCCUACACUAAUGGUUUUUUGGAGGAGGAGGGCGAGGGAUGUGUGGUUGAUGGUGUUCAAAUCGGAUAAAUCUUAACAAAUAAAAACGGCGCUCUACAUCUCAGGGAAUCUGGUGACUGAGGAAAGAAAGCUGCUGCCCCCUCUACGAGUCUUGACAGCCUUAUAAUAGUGGAAUGGACGAAUCUUAAAGGGCCAGGGGAGAAAUUCUCCACUUGCCUGCAACCAGUUGUAACUGUUGUUUAUAUAUAGAUAUACAUAUGAUGGAUAUAUAAAUAUAUAUUCUUUUUUUAUUUUCAAUGCUCUUUUUGUUUAUUUUCCUUUCCUGCAAUAGUGUAAAAAAUAUUUGAGGAUAUGAACUUGAUGGCUUUACAUCUUUAGGAAUCAUUCCAUUUUCCCUUUUGAUGUUUUGUUUCCCAUUUCAAGUUGACUUUGCCACCUAUUUGGGUCCUUCACACUGUUCUGUGUCUCAAGUGUUAUCCAGAAGAAAAGCCCUGCAUAAGCCAUAGCAUCUAAACACUGAUUUGAUAGAUUUGUGAAAUAUAUGCAAUGUAGAGAUCAUUGACAUUACCUGUCAAAGGACAAUUUUUGGUGUCCAUUAUGCCAAAAAGGUUUAGAUAAAAGGCUUAAGGGACUUUGAUCUGGGCAGAGAACAAACGACCCUCUGAAGAGGUUUCCAUGUUACCUGAAGGCAUUUAUGAACAAAUGAUUGUUUACAUAUUUUUGUCUUUCUGAAUCGCUGGUCCGCGAUGAGGACCGAAGCCUCCCCUUUUUGUUCUGCACAAUACCUUUGCUUUCCAAACCCAUAGAUGACAAGAGUGGCUCGCCUUCAUGGUUCACUCUUGUGCUGUCAGCGGGAGAGGAAAGUGAAACCUGUGUUCCACUGGUUCAGUUUUAUUGUAAAAUUAAUUUUGUUUUUUUGUCCAAUGUUUUUCAAGAUAACAACCACAUAGAGGGCAAUAUUUAUCCUACUGUACACCUCUGCUUUUUUUUUUUUUUUUUUGAUCAUCAAUCAUCAUUCUUAUUUACAGCUAUAGGUUGGAUCUCAAUGCAAUGAUAUUUGGAUGAAAUGUAGAAAUAAACAAUUUUCACCCGAAAAUGCCCAAGAAUAUCCCUCAAUCUGGGUCCCUUGUUAUCUUUGUGUUUGACAUUGAAGAUAUGAUUAUCAUCUAUUCUAGAUAUUUGGACUGAAUGACAAGUAAACUGGUUUGAUUUUAAAUGAUUAUUCAAUGAAUGUGGUGAAGAGAAACAUAUAAGUGGUGCUGUAUGCAUAUCAAGUGAAACACCUGGUAAAGAUCUCAAUGCCUGUAGUUGCAGAUGUUAAGUUUGAUCCUUCUCUAAAGCCUCCAUAACAAAAAAGGCCUUUAGGAACAAGCCAAAUAAAAAUCAGAUUUAAAGCUAAA